CAGGCUCUCAACUCAUCCAUCCUGCACCCAUUUGUCUUCUCAUCUCUUCUUAUUGUGCACUGUAAAACACCAUUAAACCUAAAAAAUGGAGGCCAUCAAAAAGAAGAUGCUUAUGCUGAAAUUGGACAAGGAGAAUGCAUUAGACCAGGCUGAACAAGCUGAAGCAGACAAAAAAGCAGCCGAAGAAAGAAGCAAGCAGCAUGAAGAUGAACUUCUGCAAAUGCAAAAGAAGCUGAAGGGGACAGAGGAUGAGCUUGAUAAAUACUCUGAAGCCCUAAAGGAUGCUCAGGAGAAGCUUGAGGUGGCUGAUAAGAAAGCUGCUGAUGCUGAAGCAGAAGUGGCCUCUCUGAACAGACGUAUCCAGCUGGUGGAGGAGGAGUUGGACCGAGCUCAGGAGAGACUUGCAACGGCUCUACAGAAGCUGGAGGAGGCUGAGAAGGCUGCUGAUGAGAGCGAGAGAGGUAUGAAGGUGAUUGAGAACAGGGCUCUGAAGGAUGAAGAGAAGAUGGAGCUUCAGGAGAUUCAGCUGAAGGAGGCUAAACACAUCGCAGAGGAGGCUGACCGCAAGUAUGAGGAGGUGGCUCGUAAACUGGUGAUUGUAGAAGGAGAGCUGGAGCGUACAGAGGAGAGGGCAGAGUUGGCUGAGGCUAAAUGUGCCGAACUGGAGGAGGAAUUGAAGAAUGUGACGAAUAACCUGAAGUCUUUGGAGGCCCAGGCUGAAAAGUACUCUCAAAAGGAAGACAAGUAUGAGGAAGAGAUCAAGAUCCUCACUGACAAGCUGAAAGAGGCUGAGACCCGAGCUGAGUUUGCUGAGAGAUCUGUAGCCAAGCUGGAGAAGACUAUUGAUGAUCUGGAAGAUGAGCUUUAUGCACAGAAACUCAAGUACAAAGCCAUCAGUGAGGAACUGGACCAUGCCCUCAAUGACAUGACCUCUAUCUAAAUUUCCAGAGGUUCCAGUAUCCUGUCAAGUUGUGCUUUCAAGACUCAGCCUUUUGCUGAACAUUGUUUCUUGGCUCUGUCCCUCUUCCCACCGACUCUCCCCUUUAAUCCAUCUCAUCGAUCUCUUCAUUCCUCAGUUGUUUAAUUGUUGAAAUGUGUGCGUGGCUGCUGAACUUUGUUUUUAGCUGUCUUCUUAAUGUAUCUGCUGAACUUGCUCCUAUUCACAGUUGGUCUCCUUUCAUCAAAUAGCGAUUGUAUGUAUGUUUUCUGUUUAGGGAUGAUUUCCUUAUUGUUCUUCUGUAUCAACUCUGUUCUGUACCAGAGUAAAACAAGAGAGGGAAGAAAGCUUGACCUGCA